AAGCGGAAAAUAGUUCCAAGAGAUUUGUCUAACGUAGAGUUCGAUACAAGUGAGGAUGUGGCUGUGAUUCGAAGCUUCGAUAAGAUGGGAUUGCGGGACGAGUUACUACGAGGAAUCUAUAACUAUGGGUUCGAGAAACCGUCCGCAAUCCAGCAAAGGAGUAUCUUGCCUAUUGUGAAUGGUAGAGAUGUGAUAGCCCAAGCCCAGUCUGGUACUGGUAAAACUGCCACCUUUUCUGCUUCAAUACUCCAGUCGUUGGACACAACUGUACGUGAAACGCAAGUGUUGGUGCUCUCUCCGACUCGUGAGUUGGCUACGCAGAUCCAGAAAGUGAUCCUUGCGUUGGGCGACUUCAUGAACGUGCAGUGCCAUGCUUGCAUCGGCGGCACCAACCUUGGGCAAGACAUAAGGAAACUGGAUUAUGGGCAACACGUUGUUUCUGGCACACCGGGAAGGGUUUUUGAUAUGAUCAAGAGGCGUGUAUUGAGGACCAGAGCAAUCAAAAUGCUAGUUCUUGAUGAAGCAGAUGAGAUGUUGGAUAAAGGAUUUAAGGAGCAAAUCUAUGAUGUGUACCGCUACUUACCCCCUGCAACCCAGGUUGUGCUCAUGUCUGCUACAUUGCCCCAUGAAAUUCUUGAGAUGACUUCGAAGUUCAUGACAGACCCCAUCAGGAUUUUGGUUAAACGUGAUGAAUUGACUCUCGAAGGAAUCAAGCAGUUCUUCGUAGCUGUGGAGAAAGAGGAAUGGAAAUUCGACACUCUUUGUGAUUUGUAUGACACACUCACAAUCUCACAAGCUGUUGUCUUCUGCAACACGAGGAGGAAAGUGGACUGGCUGACACAAAAGAUGCGAGAGGUCAAUUUCACUGUGUGCUCCAUGCACGGUGAUAUGCCUCAGAAAGAGAGAGAUAACAUUAUGAAAGAAUUUCGCUCUGGAAAAAGCCGAGUCCUAAUCACAACAGACGUAUGGUCCAGAGGCAUCGACGUCCAGCAAGUGUCCCUAGUCAUCAACUACGACCUGCCGAACAAUCGCGAGCUGUAUAUCCACAGGAUCGGCCGGUCAGGAAGAUUUGGCCGUAAAGGAGUCGCUAUCAAUUUCGCCAAGUGCGAUGACAUCAGAAUCUUGAGAGACAUCGAACAGUAUUAUGCGACUCAAAUUGAUGAAAUGCCCAUGAAUGUGGCCGAUUUAGUUUAAUGUUUAACUGAUCAGACCUUGCUAAUUAUUCCCGGUUCUGCGCUGGAUUUGUACUGCGAUGAAGGGAUAUCAAAUGGU